AUGAUUGAUAGCAUUUACGAAAAACCCAGACAUAAGAAACUUAAGGGUAUUAAAUAUUACAAGAAUAAGAGGCGACAGAACGUCACACUAGUGUACUCUGACCCUGUAGCCAUACCAAGUGAUAACACAUUUGAUUAUGUUGAGAAUUACGAAUUAACAUCUCAGGAAUCAAAUAGUAUCUGUACAUCACCCAAGAAAAGGACCUCAAAAUUUAAACACUUCAAGAUUGAUAUACACAAGGCGAUUGGUGAGGGCCGUUGUAAUGUCUAUGAAGUCCCAAUAAUAGGCGCCAGAACCCAAAGUCCAGUAUCAGUCAAAAGCUUCGAGAAUCAGUUGGAUCUUUUCCGCAUUUAA